AUGACAAGAAACCUGAAAGUGCCGUACAAAUCACUUCAGCUUGGGAUAAUGGUUGAUGAAAUAUGCUACUUUGCUCACGCCGGAAGAAGAGGAAGAGUGAAGGAUGUGGGGGAACGUCGGAACAGCAAAGAGGAUACAGGAUCAGUCAUUGCAGUGAUAUUUCGAAAGGAUCAGAUGCCGGCAAAAAUGGCUCUUAACACGAACUGCUAUUGCAAUAAUCCGUCGUACAGAACCGGACUAAUGAAAGCAAGUCAAGAAGGCUACAGCCGGCAAUGGCAAUUCCGCCUACCUUCGCUAUCAUCCUUCCGAGGUAUAUUAGGCACACAUGCCUUAUUGAAGUCUCAAAUUGGAUACCAUUCUCUUUCUGCUUCUAUAGAUGUUUCUUCCGUGGUUGAAGUUGCCAAGUCCAGGAAUUCUAAAAUAUUGCCUCCGCGGAGAUCGAGUAUAGUUCUUGGCAUUUUGGAGAAGGCGAUUGAGUCAUCCAGCACCACAACAAAAAGACAAUUAUAUACCGGCAUAAAAGCGGUAAAUUCAAUGUGCUGA